AGGAUGCCCUGUGUCGGGGGCUCCAAGAUCGGGCACGGACAGGCCAGGAGAACGGCACGGACCCCUAGUUGAGGGAACCCGCUUCCCACCCGGAAGAGGACAGCAAUCUGGAGCGGACCGGCCACAUUGCCCAGAGGACCUGGCGGGAGACUGGAAGUUGCGCGGCGGUGGCAGGCAUGGAUCAAAGCAACGAAGGCAGUAUGAAGAAGAUUAGCAAUGUGAAUCUUGACAAACUGAUAGACGACUUCUCGCAGAUAGAAAAGAAAAUGAUAGAAACCACUGGAAAGAACAACCGUCUGGAUAUCCAGCUGGAGAAGACUAAUAGUUUAUUAAAGAUAAUGCAAACAAAAGAGGCCACGAUAAAAGAAGAAUGUACUACUCUUCAUACUAUGGUAAAGGGGCUACAACAGACUAUUCAAUAUCAACACAAUUUGAAAAGUGAAAAUGAACAACUAAAAAGAAAUGUUGAUUUGAUGAAAGAGAAGUUAAAAUCCCAUGAGCAGGAAUAUAUGAAUAAUAUUGCCAAACUUAUAAGUGAAAUGAAAGUCAAAGAGGAGGGACAUAAAAUCGAAAUGAGCAAACUUUAUCAGGAUAUGCAAAAAAAAGUUGAAUUAAAUGAAGAAAAGCACAAAGAAUUAAUGGCAAAGAAGGAGAUGGAAAUAGCGGAGCUAAAUGCAAAGUUACGAACUCAAGAGAAGGAAAAGCAAAAUGAAAUACUCAGACUACGUCUAGAAUUUGACACCAAACUAGCAAGAAUUCAGACAAAGUCAAAAUCCUAUGCAGAUGCUACUAUUCUGCCACAGAGUAUCUACAGAAGGAAGCUUCAACAUCUUCAAGAGGAAAAGAGCAAGGAGAUUUCGAGUCUCCAGAACACCAUCCGAGACCUGGAGCAGCGCCUUGCAGUGGCCAAAGACUCCCGCCUCACACGGAGACGGUUUUGAGUAAGCACUUUAUGCAGCAGCUACAACUUAGUUUCUUUAAAGGCAUUAAAAAAUUCUUUCACUUCUUUUUUCAAUGUGAGCAUGCUAAAUAAUAAAGACGCACACUUUUAAGCUUUUUAAAAUUGCAUUUAUUGAGAUAAGUCUGUACUGUGGCCAGUCCUGUACUGCAUUCUUGCUUAAUGGUAUUAGCCAUAAAAGAGUUCAGGUUCAUAGGGCCGAGUUUCUCUAUUAAACCAUCAUUGAUUAUGGAAAUACUGUCUUAAGCAGCAUGCAGGUUAACAACAUACUUUUCUUCCAUUACGUCUUUCAAGACAGUCACUCACAGUUCAGAAGAACAACACAACACAAGAUGAAGAAAGUAAGAUACACAGAUGUAUGUAGUAAAGGAAAGCUAGUAGUCUUCGAUAUAAAAAAGAUAAGUAGAUAUUAAGAUGUAGUCUGUUUAAGAUUUAGUUGGUUAAAAAUGUAAGAUUAAAGAGAUGAAGUUCUUGUUGUUUUGAGAGUUUAAGUAAAGAAAAAACUGGAAAAUGUGUCUUUGUCGUUCUUUCUCCGUUCUAAAUUACGAGCUAUCCAACAGAAACCCCUAGGUCAUAGUUUAUGUUUCUGUUCUCAUCAAUGUAAAUAGAACACUGGAAAAAGACAAAAAAAGACAUAUUAACCAAGAGCUGCAAUCACAUUUUAGUUACCCCACAACACAAAUCUGAUUUGGGCCAAAUUUUCUGUGGCAUAAAAUUUUAAAUUUAGAAGCCAAUAUGGUAAAUUUCUCCGUGUUUGCACAAAUCCAAUCCCUACUUUUAGUUCAC